UCUCCUCAACACAGUUCCUGUAAAAUGUGGCCAGUUUGGUUGAAAUAAUGACUGACACUGGGGAGGGCGACGAUGAAUUCCAGUUUUUACGAACAGGAGAUGAGGUGGUUUUACAAAGUACCUUCUCCUCACGAGGGGAACAUUUGAAGCUCUGUCUUGCAGCUGAAGGAUUUGGCAGCAGACUUUGUCGGCUUGAGCCAACUUCCAACUGCAAGAAUGUUCCACCAGACCUGUCUGUAUGUGCAUUCGUCCUGUCCCAGUGUCUCUCUGUCCGAGCCCUGCAGGAAAUGCUGGCCCACAGUGAACAACUAGCAAAAGUGGGAGCUGGAGGUAGCCAUCGCACCCUCCUUUAUGGGCAGGCAGUAUUGUUCCUACAUUCAUACAGUGGCAUGUAUCUCAGCUGCUUGUCUUCAUCUAUAUCUUCAAAUGACAAGUUGGCUUUUGAUGUUGGUCUGCAAGAGGAUAAAACAGGGGAAGCAUGUUGGUGGACUGUCCAUCCAGCAUCCAGACAAAGGUCAGAGGGUGAGAAGGUUCACGUUGGAGAUGAUCUCAUACUGGUCAGUGUGUCCACAGAGCGAUAUCUGCACCUGUCCUUUGGCACUGUAUCUGACAACAAAAGCUUAAGUGACAGUCUGAUUGUCCAUGCAACCUUCCAGCAGACUCUAUGGAGUGUUGCUCCCAUCUGCUCUGGAGGUGCAGUUGCUCAUGGUUACUUGAAGGGAGGUGAAACAUUGCGGCUGAUCCACAGCCAUAGUGAUGCAUGCCUGACUAUUCCUCCUACAGAGCAGGGAGAAGAGCUGCAAAGGUUAAUGCUUUACGAGAGUGGAUCGGUUUUUACCCAUGCCCGCUCCCUGUGGAGGCUGGAAAUCUUACAGGUUGUCUGGAGUGGCAGGCAUACAUACUGGGGCCAGCCGUUUAGACUUUGCCAUGUGACUAGUGGGAGAUACCUGGGCCUUAAAGAAGAAAAGGGCCUUCAUCUGGUUGAUCGGGACAAAGCAGACGUCGGGACAACAUCAUUUUGCUUCCGAUCAUCAAAGGAAAAACUUGACACUGGCACAAAGACCAGUGCUGAUGGCAUGGGAAUCCCGGAGAUCAAAUAUGGAGAUUCUGUCUGUUACUGUCAACAUGUAGAGUCUGGACUCUGGUUGACCUACCAAGCUGCUGAUGCCAAAUGUCGCAUGGGAGCUCAGCGGAAGGCCAUUUUGCACAGUGAGGGUCAUAUGGACGACGGACUGACACUGUCUCGUUGUCAAAGGGAAGACUCUCACACUGCCACACUAAUCCGUAGCGCUAUUCUCCUGUUCACCUGUUUUACAAGGAAACUGGAUGGUUUCAGUCAAGAAGGAAACAUUCCUUCAAUCGACCUGCCAAUGAAGAUAGUAACAAGCAGUCUCCAGGAUCUUAUCAACUGCUUUCAACCUCCUCUGGAGGGGCAAAGCCAUGAAGAUAAACAGAAAAGCAUGGCUGCAUUAAAGAAACGGCAGGAUAUGUUUCAAGAAGAGGGUGUGAUAGAUUUGGUCCUUGAUUGUAUUGACCAACUACACCAAUACAGUAAUACUUCUCAUUUUGCUGAGACUGCUCAGAGUGACACAGGAGAAGGGUGGGAGGCCAUUGUCAACCAUUUCUAUAUACUACUAGCUGCUCUGAUCCGAGGAAACCGUGUAAACUGCGCACAUUUCUCAAGUUCUAUUGACUGGCUGAUUGGCAGGCUUGACCGGCUUGAGGCAUCUUCAGGAGUCUUGGAGGUUCUACACUGUGUGCUAGUGGAAAGUCCUGAAGCACUCAAUGGCAUCAAAGAUGGACACAUUCAGUCUAUCAUCUCAUUUCUAGACAAGCAUGGAUGCAACCCCAAGGUGCUGGAGGUGCUGUGCUCUCUGUGUGUGUGCGAUGGUGUGGCUGUGCGCUCCAAUCAGAACCUCAUCUGUGACAGCCUGCUGCCAGACAGAGAUUUGCUUCUCCAAACACGCCUGGCUAAUCAGGUCAUCAGCAUGAGACCGAACAUCUUCCUGGCUAUGGGAGAGUCUUCAGCCCAGCAUCGGAGGUGGUACUAUGAGUUGGUGGUGGAUCAUGUUGACCCCUUCCUCACAUCUGAACCGACACAUCUGCGUGUUGGCUGGGCCUGUGUUAAAGGCUACCAGCCAAGGCCCACAGGAGGAGAAGGCUAUGGUGGGAAUGGAGUGGGAGACGACCUCUUCUCAUAUGGGUUUGAUGGACUACACCUCUGGUCAGGCUCAGUGUGCCGGAAAGUAUGCUCUCCCCUUCCGCACCUGCUGAAAAAUAAUGAUGUAGUGAGCUGCUGUCUUGACCUCACUGUUCCGUGCAUCUCCUUCCGGGUUAAUGGCCUGCCUGUGCAGGGCAUGUUGGAGAACUUCGGUGCUAAUGGACUUCUUUAUCCCGUGGUCAGCUUCUCUGCUGGAGUCAGGGUUCGUUUUCUGUUUGGGGGACGACAUGGAGAGUUUCGCUUCCUACCCCCUCCAGGCUAUGGCUCAUGCUCUGAAGCUCUGCUUCCAAAAGUGAAACUGAAGGUAGAACCAUGCCUGAAAUACAUCUUGACUCGUGGAGAAGGAAUAAAAGAUUUUACUGGCCCCUUGGAGCCAGUAACUCCAGUUACCUUCACUCCCACACAAAUAGACAUCAGUAAGGUUGUAUUGCCUCCACAACUUGAGAAUAUUCGUGAAAAAAUGGCAGAGAAUAUUCAUGAACUCUGGGUAAAGGACAAAAUUGAUCUUGGAUGGACACAUGGACCAGUGAGAGAUGAUGGAAAACGGCAUGAACCCUGUCUGGUGGAGUUUUCCAAGCUGCCAGAACAGGAGAGAAACCAGAGGCUUCAGAUGGCUCAAGACACCCUCAGGACUCUGCUUGCUUUUGGUUUCCACAUUGGUUUGAUGGAUGACCGUGCUGAGGAACGUGUCAAAUACAUGAGACUUCACACAAAGUAUGAGCUGCCCAGUGGCUACAGACCUGCUCCCAUAGAUUUAAGCCAAGUUAUUCUGAGUACAGCCGAUGAGGACGUGGUUAACUUGCUGGCAGAGAAUGAGCACAACAUAUGGGCCAAAGAGCGAAUCAAACAAGGAUGGACUUAUGGAGCCUUACAGGAUGUGAAAGCAAAGCGGAGCCCACACCUUGUGCCUUACAGCCUUCUUGAUGAAAGUACAAGAAGAACAGGCAGGGAGAGUGUCAGAGAGGCUGUGUGUACCCUGCUGGCAUUUGGCUACAGCCUGGAGCUCCUCAAUCAGGAACGGACCACAUUAUUAAAGCCAUGCCUCUUCUCUGAGGAGAAGUGCAGAGUGUUCAGACCAGAUAAAUCAUAUGCCGUGACCGGGGGGAAGUGGUAUUUUGAAUAUGAAGUACUGACAGCAGGGAGAAUGAAAGUGGGCUGGGUCCGACCAAGCUGCACUCCAGAUAAAGAGCUGGGCUUAGACGACCAGGCAUUUGUCUUUGAUGGAUUUGAGGCUCAGUGGUACCAUCAGGGUGGGGAGCCCUUGGGACGCCCUUGGCUCCGAGGCGAUGUCGUGGGUUGCUUGGUGGACAUGGUUGAAAGCACCAUGAUGGUAACACUCAAUGGAGAGCUGCUGUUAAAUGACGGAGGGUCGGAGGUGGCUGCCAAGGACUUCAAUAUCAGAGAUGGCCUGUUGCCUGUCAUUAGUGUUGGGGUAAACCAGGUGGGGAGGCUGAACCUAGGCCGCCAAGUGGACUCUCUGCGGUACUUUUCUGUGUGUGGCUUACAAGAGGGCUACAAACCUUUUGCUGUCAAUAUGGCCAGAGACCCAGCUUUCUGGAUGAGUUGGAAACAGCCUCAAUUUACAUCUAUACUGCCUGACGAUCACAACUUGCAGGUUACUAGAGUCAGGGGCUCUCUGGAUUCCUUUUCCAGCUUGAGGGUGUCUCAGCGGUCGUUGGCACACCAUGGUGUGGGGAGUGAGAUGGGCUUUUACAGGCUCAGCAUGCCCAUAGAAUGUGCUGCCAUCCUCAAAAGUCCUGCAGAGGGUGUCCUUCCAGGGGCCUCCAACUCUCUACCUCCAGCUUCAGGGAAGAGAGAGCAGGAGGACACUGACUCUGACUUUGAAGUUCUGAUGAAAUCAGCACACAGCUUUGUUGGCUCAAGAGAUGAGCUCAACCAUAAGGAUCAUAGCCAUGAAAAAGCAUCAAAACUGAAACAACGGUUCUUGUUGAAGAAGACUAAACCAGGCCUAGUCAGCAGCAACUCAUCUGCACGGCUGCUUGAAGAUGUUGUCAUUGAAAAAGAUGACCAUGAUCACCUUAUCCAGAGCUCCAGAUAUUAUUACUCAGUCAGAGUUCUUCCAGGCCAAGAGCCAUUUAAUGUGUGGGUUGGCUGGGUGACCUCUGACUUUCAUGAGUAUGAUGCAACGUUUGACACUGACAAAAUCCACAGUGUGACUGUCACCCUUGGAGACGACACUGGCAAAGUUCAGGAAAGUGUGAAGCGCUGCAACUGUUAUAUGGUGUGUGCUGCAGAGGCAACAGGCUUGUCUCAGAGUCGAAGAAGUGCAGGUUUGGAAAUUGGCUGUUUGAUUGACUCAGCAACUGGAAUGCUCACCUUUACCUCUAAUGGCGUGGAGAUGACAACUUUCUACCAAGUGGAGGCAAGCACAAAGCUGUUUCCUGCUGUUUUCAUCAAACCCACCACCAGCAACAUGUUUCAGUUUGAGCUUGGACGGAUCAAGAAUGUGAUGCCACUGUCUUCUGGUUUGCUGCGCAGUCAUAGAAGGAAUCCCACACCUCAGUGUCCUCCAAGGUUUCAGGUCCAGCAUUUGAGCCCUGUUUCGUGGACUAGAGUACCAGACAGUGCAUUGAAGGUGUUGGUAGACCGGCCAGAUGAGCACCACGGCUGGAGAAUCCAGUGCCAUGAGCCCCUGCAAGUCAUGACCCUUCAGAUCCCUGAUGAAAAAAGGUGCGUUGACAUUUUGGAAUUGUCGGAACUUGAUGACCUCCUCACCUUUCACCUGAAAACCCUCCUCUUGUACUGCUCGCUAUGUGCUAAUACCAACACCAGAGUUUGCCACGUUCUCUGCAGCCAUGUCGAUCAGCCGCAGUUCCUUUAUGCCUUUCAGAACCCUCACCUCCCCGGUCAACUCCGCUCUGCGUAUUAUCAGCUGUUUAUUCAGAUUUAUCUGAGCAGCCACACCACAGCAGGUCUUAUGAUGAACCAUGAAUACAUUGUUCCAAUGACUGACCAAACCAGAGAAAUCUCUCUUUAUCUCAGUCCUGUUUAUGGUGCUCUUGAUGAAGGGAAUAGUCUGCUUCCAGAGGGAAUUCCCAGCACUAGUCAUAGCACAUCCCUUAAACCCCAGAUGCAUUUUUCAUCUCCAUGUUUUGUCAGGGGUGAUGGGUUGGAAGGAGAGGAUGCGGUUGAAAAGGCCUGCACAGGCAGCCCAGAAAUCCCUUUGGACAUACUGAAGAAUCUGACUGUGGAGAUGCUGACUGCUGGAGUUUCAGCUGUGGAUAAAGCUGUGAGGGAUCCUCCAGGAGGCAAUGUUGAACUUCUGCUAGUCCCUCUUUUAAGACUGUUGUACAGUCUUGUGGUUAUAGGGGUGUUUGAAGAUGAAGACCUCAGGAAGGUUCUUACACUAGUAGAGCCAAGUGUGUUCUCAACAAAUGCCAAAAUCCUAAAGAAGGAGGAAGAAACUAGGAAUGAUGACCAAGAACGAAAAGGCACUGACACACAAGAAGAUGUCACCAUUAAACAAGGACUUCUUCAAAUGAAGCUUCCAGAAGCUGUUAAACUUGAGCUCUGCCACUUGUUGUCUUACCUGUGUGAUUGCCAGGUGCGCCACAGGGUAGAAGCUGUGAUUGCCUUCUCUGACAACUGUGUGCAUCAGCUGCAGGAAAACCAACGUUUUCGCUACAAUCAGGUCAUGCAGGCCCUCAACAUGUCUGCAGCACUCACUGCUCGCAAGACCAAGGAGUUUCGCCUACCUCCACAGGAGCAGAUCAAUAUGCUCCUGGACUUCAGAGAUGAUGAGCAAGAAGAGAACUGUCCAUGUCCAGUAGAAAUCCAGCAGCUCCUACAAGACUUCCAUCAUAUUCUCAACACACACUGCGGCAUUAAAUUGGCCAGUAAGAAAGUUGAUGAAGAUAAUACUGAGAUGUCUUUAAAAGAUCAACUUCUUGGUCUUGUGACAAGAGUCUGUGGACUUAAAAAGACACCUGUGGAAACAGAGUGUAGCUCACAUGCUUCCAAGUCCCUCAAAAAGCUGAUUUCUGACACGAUGGUACGCUGGGCUCAAGAGAGUGAGGUAGAAGACCCUGAACUGGUGAGGGCUAUCUUCUCGUUGCUGCACCGUCAGUAUCAAGGCCUUGGGGGCCAAAUGGAGGGACCGCUCUCAAAGGCAUAUACAAUCAGCCAAUCUUCAGUGGAGGACACCAUGAGUCUCUUGUCCUCCCUAGGCCAAAUUCGCUCUCUCCUCAGUGUCCACAUGGGAAAAGAAGAAGAGAAGCUGAUGAUCAGAAGACUGGGAGAUAUAAUGAAUAAUAAAGUUUUCUACCAACAUCCCAACCUGAUGAGGGCCUUAGGGAUGCAUGAGACUGUGAUGGAGGUGAUGGUCAAUGUGCUGGGAGAAGGACAAAGGGCAAAGGAAAUUACCUUUCCCAAGAUGGUGGCUAGCUGCUGUCGAUUCCUGUGUUACUUUUGCCGUAUCAGCCGUUACAAUCAGGGUGCCCUGUUUGACCACCUCAGCUACCUACUAGAAAACAGUAGCGUUGGACUGGCUUCACCGUCCAUGCGCGGAUCCACCCCCUUAGAUGUUGCAGCAGCCUCUGUUAUGGAUAAUAAUGAACUGGCCUUAGCUCUGAGGGAACCUGACCUAGAGAAGGUGGUACAGUACCUUGCUGGAUGUGGUCUCCAGAGCUGUCAAAUGCUGGUGGCAAAAGGCUACACGGAUGUUGGUUGGAACCCUGUGGAGGGAGAACGUUAUCUGGAUUUUCUACGCUUUGCUGUCUUUUGCAAUGGUGAAAGUGUAGAGGAGAAUGCUUACGUAGUGUUGAGAUUGUUGAUUCGUCGGCCGGAGUGUUUUGGCCCUGCACUUAGAGGUGAUGGGGGCAAUGGACUCCUUGCAGCCAUGGAGGAAGCCAUCAAGAUCGCUGAGGACCCUUCAAUGGAUGGACCUUUGGUCACUCACCAGUCCAACAGAACACUGGAUGUUGUCCAGGACAGUGAGGAUGACCUCAUUCACAUGGGGAACGCCAUUAUGACCUUCUACUCGGCUCUUAUUGACUUGUUGGGCCGUUGUGCUCCAGAGAUGCACUUAAUUCAAGGAGGCAAAGGAGAAGCCAUCCGCAUCAGGGCUAUUCUGAGGUCUCUCAUCCCUGUGCAGGAUCUUGAAGGAGUCAUCAGCAUCUCUUUUCAACUACCUUCAGUGUCAGCAGAUGGUUUGCUGGUGGAGCCUGACUUAUCCACAGUGUUCUGCCCAGACCACAAGGCAGCAAUGGUUUUGUUUUUGGAUCGAGUUUAUGGCAUUGAGAGCCAGAGUUUUCUUCUCCACCUCCUGGAAGUUGGCUUUCUACCUGACCUUCAGGCAGCUGUCUCUCUUGACACUGCUGACCUAGGAUCCACUGACAUGGCCCUGGCCCUUAACAGAUACUUGUGCACAGCUGUUCUUCCCCUGCUCACCAAAUACUCCACUCUCUUAUGUGAUUUAGAGGAUCAUAUUCUGUUGGUUGAUUCACUCAUCCAGGCAGUCUACCGGCUUUCAAGUGCUCUUAGCUUGACCAAGGCUCAGAGAGACACUACUGAAGAUUGUUUGUUGGCUUUGUGCAGCAAACUCCAGCCAUCUAUGAUGCAGCCUCUUCUUCGACAGCUUGUCUUUGAUGUUCUCCAUCUCACAGACCACAGCAAAAUGCAGCUGAAGCUCUUAAUCAGCCAUUUUGAGCAAAGGUGUAAGUAUUACUCCCAAGCUGGCGGGCAGGGUAAGCAGGCUUCGGCUUCUGAAGAGGAACUCCACACAUCAAGAAAGUUGUUCUGGGGGGUGUUUAGGGCCUUGGCAAAGAAGCCCUACAUGCCUCAGUUGUUCAGGCUGGGUGUGCAGUGCCUUGUCGCAGUUUCCGAAGCCUUGCCUCCUGACCAUGUGGAGCAAAGCUGUUUGUCUGAAAUGGAGAGAAAAUCCUCCAUGGAUACAGAUGGACACUUUGACCCCCAACCUGUGGAUAUAUCUAAUGUGUCUGUGCCAGAGAAACUGGAGUUUGUUGUGAAUAAGUAUGCAGAGCAUACUCAUGAGAAAUGGUCUCUUGAGAAGUUUGCCAGUGGCUGGGUUCAUGGGGAGCAGUUAUGUGAGAACACCAAAGUUCAUCCUCUCCUCAAGCCAUACAGGGCUCUGGCUGAGAAGGAGAAGGAAACAUAUCGCUGGGCAAUUAAAGAAACAAUAAAGAGUAUGCUGGCCUUUGGUUGGACUAUAGAGAGGACCAAAGAAGGAGAUGCAUUUGGCAUGCAUGCCUGUGCUCGCAGGAUAUCUCAGUCUGGCCAGCUAUCUUUUGAAGGAGCAUCAACCUUUAGCCCUAAACCUGUGGACAUGAGCAGCAUCAUCUUAUCAUGGGAUCAAUGUGCUAUGGCUGAACAGUUGGCUGAAAACUACCACAACACCUGUGCUAGAAAUAAGAAAGUGGAAAUUGAGAAUAAAGGAGGGGGUGGCCAUUCAAUGCUUGUACCCUAUGACACACUGACUGCCAAGGAGAAGGCCAAGUUUGUAGAAAAAGCUCAGGAAAUAAUCAAGUUCCUUCUGCUCAAUGGCUACACGGUGUGGAGGGAUCGAAAGAUCGUGGAUAUGGACUUUCCAGCCACGGCUAACAGCUUUGGAUACACUGUCUUGCAGCGACUGCUGUCUCAUACUGAGGAGGCUCAAGAGAACAUGUUGAAGCUUGAGGUGAUACAAGCCAGAGGGCAGAUUUCCAAAGGAGAGAGGGCUUCAGACCAGCAACCAGUAAUUUUUUUUCAGAAGGUUGUCCUUCCUCUUUUGGAGCAAUAUGUAAAAAGUCAUCAUCUGUAUUUCCUGUCAUCUUCUAUCUGCUUGAAUGAUAAUAGAAGCCAUGCUUUAAAAAAGGAAAAAGAGAUGGUAGCAUGCCUCUUUUGUAAGCUUGCAUCUCUGGUAAGACACAGGAUCUCAUUUAUUGGUGAGGAAGCACCAGCAGUUGCAAGCUGCCUCUGUGCUCUGACUCAGGCUCUUGAUGCCAGGGCAUUGAUGAAGUUAGCCCCAGUGUCUGUUCAGACAUCUUUGCAUUCAUACUUUGAGGCAGCGGCAGCUGAUUUGGAGAUGACUGUGGAAAAUAUUUCUGAAACCCUGGUCUCCGUGCCUCAGAGUAGAGGCCAACUGGCUAAAGGGGUAGCCAAAAUUGUCAACUACACAACAUCCAUUCUUCUUCCCACCCUCACUUCUCUGUUCCACCAUCUUGGUAACCGAAACUAUGGAGUGGACAUUCUGGUUGGCAGUAUCCAGGUGUCUUGUUACAGGAUGUUGAACAGCCUCUACUCUCUUGGAACCAGUAGCAGCAUCUACAUGGAGGGGCAGAGGUCAGCAGUAGGUGCAUGUCUUGCAGCCCUGACUGGGGUGUUUCCUAUAUGCUUCCUGGAGCCAGGUCUAAAUCAAAACAACCCUUAUUCGAUUUACAACACUAUGAGUGCAACUGAGAUAAAAGAUCAGGGACUGCCAGAUCAAGUAGAGGACAUGUGUCCCUUUCUGCCCUCUUUGGAACAAGCACUGAGGGACGUGGAGGAGUUGGCCUGCGCUGGAGCUGGAGCUCACCAAACUCACUACAUCCAUGUUGCAGAGGUCACUCUGCCAUUGUUGUGCAGCUACAUUUCCCACUGGUGGCAAUGGGGCCCUGAGGGACAACCAGAUAGCCCUGUUUUCACUGCUGUCAUCCCUCAGCAUGCUAGUGAUCUACUUGGCCACAUCCUCCGCAUUAUCCACAACCAUGUGGGUGCUAGCCAGGGAGACUGGAUGAAACAGGUUGGAGUUUUUUCUCAGCCAAUCAUAUUCAAGGCUGGCACUGAGCUAUUGAAGAGCCACUUCCUUCCUCUUAUGGAGAAGUUGAGGAAGAGGACAGAAUCUGUAGUGUUAGAGGAGGAGCAGAUGAAAGCAGAAGAAUGUUGUACAUCUGAAGCAGAGCUGCAGUUGCAGGAGAAGUACACAGUGCUGGUGCGAGACAUUUACGCUUUCUACCCACUCCUCAUCCAGUUUACGGAUUCUAAUCGAGCCAGAUGGCUGCAAGAGCCGAUCCCUGAGGCUGAGCAGCUGUUCAGCAUGGUGGCAGAGGUCUUUAUAUUCUGGGCCAAAUCUCAUCAAUUCAAAUGGGAAGAACAGAAUUAUGUUGUCCACAAUAAGAUCAACAACUUGGCUUUCUUGUUCUCCAAAAACAAAAUGUUGAAGUUCAGUCCUGAAAAGAGAAAGAUGAAGAGGAAGGGGGAUUUGUAUGCUGCACACACCUCUCUCAUUGUGGCUUCUACGAAGAAGCUGGUUCCUGUGGGACUCCGGGUUUGUUUUCUAAGUGACCAGAGUCUUAUCAACUUGGCUAAGGAUGGCUACGUUCAGAAAUACACUGAAGAUGAGAUUCGAGAGCAUAUUUCGAGUGGUCUUACAAAUCUUCAGAAUCAGGCAUCAAACAGCAUCAAGCUGGAGAUCCAUGACACAAAAAAAUCAAUACAGCUUGAGACCAUCACUGACACACAAAGGACUGUGAACCAGAUUCUAGAAAUAGCUCGAGUCCUUUAUUACCUAGAUCAGGUGGAACAUCCACAGAAAAGUAAAAAACCUGCACUGAACAAGGUCUUAACUAAAAAAAGGAAACGUGCGGUGGUAGCCUGCCUUAGGAUGGUUCCCAUUUACAACUUACCCAGGCACCGAGCUGUCAACCUGUUCCUCCAAGGCUACAAUAAAUCUUGGAUAUCAGCUGAACACCACAGCUUUGAGGAACGGCUUGUGGAGGAUUUAGCUAGGGGGGGAAUGAUGAAUCAAUGUGAAGGUGACAAAGGAGAUGUAAAGGAUGUAGAAGAAGGUGCCAAGCCGAUCGAUCCCCUCCUACAACUCAUUACACUCUUCAGUCGAAACGCCCUGACAGAAAGCAGUAAGAAUGGAAGUGAUAGUCUCUACGCGUCCUACGUUGCUAUUAUGGCCAAGAGUUGUUGCAGAGAGAGUGAUAAUGACGAAGAGCAGGAGGUGGAAACCUUUGAAGAGAAGGAGAUGGAGAAGCAGAAGCUGUUGUACCAGCAGGCUAGGUUGCAUUGCCGUGGAGCCUCUGAGAUGGUGCUGCAAACCAUAAGUGUCAGCAAAGGCGCCGUGGGCUCAAUGAUUGCUCCUACUUUGAAACUAGGUAUCGCCCUUCUCAAUGGGGGGAAUGCCGUUGUUCAGCAGAAAAUGCUGAAUUAUCUAAGAGAGAAGCGGGAUGUUGACUUUUUUCAGAGCAUGGCUGGGCUCAUGCAGUCAUGUAGCGUUUUGGAUCUGAAUGCAUUUGAGAGGCAGAACAAAGCAGAGGGAUUAGGCAUGGCCAUGGACGAGAGCUCAGGAGAGAAGGUGAUGCCUGAUAAAGACCUAACUUGUGACCUUUUCCGUUUCCUGCAACUUCUCUGUGAAGGGCACAACUCAGAUUUCCAGAACUAUUUAAGAACACAAACUGGGAACAACACUACAGUCAACAUCAUUAUUUCCACCGUGGACUAUUUACUAAGAGUACAGGAGUCAAUCAGUGACUUCUACUGGUACUACUCAGGGAAGGAUGUCAUUGAUACACAAGGUCAGCGCAACUUCUCUAAGGCCAUUGAAGUAGCCAAACAGGUCUUCAAUACACUCACUGAGUACAUACAGGGUCCAUGUACUGGGAAUCAACAAAGUCUAGCUCACAGUCGUCUUUGGGACGCUGUUGUGGGAUUCCUCCAUGUCUUUGCACACCUGCAGAUGAAGCUUUCUCAGGAUUCAAGGCAAAUUGAACUUCUGAAAGAGUUGAUGGAUUUACAGAAGGAUAUGGUUGUGUUUCUUCUUUCCAUGUUGGAAGGUAAUGUCAUCAAUGGAACUAUUGGAAAGCAGAUGGUGGAUAUGCUGGUGGAAUCAUCAGGCAAUGUGGAGAUGAUUCUCAGGUUUUUUGAUAUGUUCCUCAAACUUAAGGAUCUCACCACCUCCGUUGCCUUCAGAGAGUAUGAUCCUGAUUUUAAAGGCAGAAUAUCUAGGAAGGAAUUCCAGAAAGCCAUGGAAAACUGCAAGCGUUUCUCUCAAGCUGAGAUACACUUCCUGCUCUCCUGCAUGGAGACCAGUGAUAGUGAAAUUGUGGAUUAUGAGGCCUUUGUGGAUCGCUUCCAUGAGCCAGCAACAGACAUUGGCUUCAGCAUUACUGUGCUUCUCACCAAUUUGUCCGAGCACAUGCCCAAAGAUUCUAGGCUGAAGACAUUCUUGGAGCUGGCAGACUGUGUCUUGACUUACUUCCAGCCAUGUCUUGGGCGCAUUGAGAUCCUUGGCAGCGGGAAGCGCUUUGAACGUGUCUACUUUGAGAUCAGUGAAUAUAGUCGAACACAGUGGGAGAAACCACAGGUCAAAGAGUCUAAGAGACAGUUCAUUUUUGAUGUGGUCAAUGAGGGUGGAGAGAAGGAGAAAAUGGAGAUGUUUGUCAAUUUCUGUGAGGACACCAUCUUUGAGAUGCAGCUGGCAGCCCAGAUCUCUGGCUCUAACUCUGGAGAGAGGUCUACAGGAAAAGAAGAACAGAAGAGUAAAGACGAAGAUGAAACUCUAGACCAUAACGGACUGUUUUUUAUGUUUUACUGGUGGCUGUUGCUUACAUCUUUACUUUCUGUUAAAAACCUGAGGACAUUGAUGAAGAUGACACUAAAAGAUAUCUUCAUGUCGAUCAUCCUAGUCCUGAGAUGGAUUUGCUUGGCUCAGGUCCGGUGCAUUUGUGUCAUCAUUCGUAGCAUCAUAUAUGUGCUGUACAUAGCCUUUGUUAGUGGUGGGCUCAUUGAGGGAGCUAAAAGGAUGAGGAUGUCAGACUUGCUUGGUGGUAUCCUUGAACCAACUCUCGAUGAGGUCAUGGAGGUGCCAAGUGGAGUGGAUCGACUAAGGAAGUACUCUGCCAGCUUCUCAUCUAGGACAGAAUUGAAGGAGAUUGGGCAGAUAGCUGCCGUGACCUCUCCCAGAGAGGUGAAUGUACUUUCAGACAUAUUUGGUCUCAAACUGAAGAAGGAGGGAGGUCAAUACCGACUUGUAACGCAAGACCUCACUGGCAGUCUGUGUGACCUGUUCAACACAGCCUCCAGAGCCAUUGUCACCACUGAUAUUUCUGAGAAGCACCAGAGUGUGGACCAUUCAAGCACAGAGGAAACCGCUGAUCAUGAAGCAAAGCCUGAGACGAAGAGAACAGAAAGGAAGAAAUGUGAGGAGAAAACUGAAAAUGUGACAGCAGAAGCAAAAUGUAGAGCCAAGAGAUGCUCUAAUAAGUCAAAGGAACCACAGAGCCAACAUUCUGCCCUCUGGGAGAUGAUGAGCUUGCAUAACAAGAGCCUGCUGAACUACUUUGCAAGGAAUUUUUAUAACAUGCGUUUGCUGGCUCUGUUUGUCGCCUUUGCAAUCAACUUCAUUCUUCUCUUCUACAAGGUAGCAUCCUUGCCUGUAUCCAAAGAUGAUGAAGGAGUAACCUCAUCAGUUUACAGUGAAAAACUGGACUCUGCUCCUGAAGACGACAGAAGAGGCAGAGUUUAUUUUGUGCUGGAAGAGAGCAGUGGAUACAUGGAACCUUCCCUUCGGCUCCUUGUUAUUGCACACACAAUCGUCUCCUUCUGUUGUAUUAUUGGUUAUUACUGCCUCAAGGUUCCUUUAAUGAUUUUUAAACGUGAGAAAGAGGUGGCCCGGAGGCUGGAGUUUGAUGGGCUGUAUGUGACACAGCAGCCUCCAGAAGAAGACAUCAAAGGGCAAUGGGACCGACUGGUCAUUAAUACGCCAUCAUUUCCAAGUAAUUACUGGGACAAAUUUGUGAAGAGGAAGGUGAUGGAUAAGUAUGCUGACUUUUAUGGUUGUGAGAAGAUCAGUGAACUCUUGGGCCUAGACCAAGCCGCUCUAGACUUCCGUUCUGGGAGAAAAGACAAAAGGCUCAAGAAGGAAUCUGCCUGGAGUACACUAUUUACCUCCAUUGAUGUAAAGUACCAGGUCUGGAAACUAGGAGUUGUGUUCACUGACAAUUCCUUCUUGUACUUGGCCUGGUACAUGACCAUGUCAGUUCUGGGUCACUAUAACAACUUUUUCUUUGCUGCCCACCUUUUGGACAUCGCUAUGGGCUUUAAGACACUUCGUACCAUCCUCUCCUCUGUUACACACAAUGGGAAACAGUUGGUCCUGACUGUGGGUCUUCUGGCUGUUGUGGUGUAUCUCUACACAGUUGUAGCCUUCAAUUUCUUCAGGAAGUUUUACAACAAAAGCGACGACAAGAACACCCAAGAUAUGAAGUGCAAUGACAUGCUUACUUGUUAUAUGUUCCACAUGUAUGUGGGAGUGCGUGCAGGCGGUGGUAUUGGUGACGAGAUUGAGGAUCCUGCUGGAGAUGAGUUUGAGGUUGAGCGAAUUGUCUUUGACAUCACGUUUUUCUUCUUCGUUAUUGUUAUCCUCCUUGCCAUCAUCCAGGGCUUGAUAAUUGAUGCCUUUGGAGAACUUCGAGAUCAGCAGGAACAGGUGAAAGAGGAUAUGGAGACCAAAUGUUUUAUAUGUGGAAUAGGAAGUGAGUACUUUGAUACCAUCCCUCACGGUUUUGAGACUCACACUCUUCAGGAGCACAACUUGGCCAACUAUCUAUUUUUUUUUAUGUAUCUUAUUAACAAGGAUGAAACUGAGCACACAGGACAGGAAUCCUAUGUGUGGAAAAUGUACCAGGAGCGUUGCUGGGAAUUCUUUCCUGUGGGAGACUGUUUCCGUAAGCAAUAUGAGGAUCAGCUGGGAUGAAAGAAAAGCUAGGAGGUCAAAAGCCUCCUUAGAUAGUGUUAUUGCACGGAAGCCGCAUUGAUUGUUGCCUUUAGACUCACUAAAUUACCUUAAAUGUGUGUUUACACUAUUCUGAUAUUAAAUUUUAGAGUGAUUUUGUUUCCUUUGAACAUUAAUAUUUCCAACCAACCUAUUAAAUUACAAGCUAACCACUUGUUGAUGUUCUUAUUCAAAAUUAAUAUGGGGUUUUGAUUUGGGAGUCCUAUGGGUAUUUAAAAUUUAGAAUAAAGUGGCAGUAUUUUGUUGAGCUGGAAAUCCUAAUUCACAGCAUUUUGUUAGCAAGUUCUUUUGUUUUUGUCAUGAAUGAACCGAUUUGUUUUUCUAAUCACAACUUCCCCUCAUGCAUGACAUCCAAAACAAAACAUUCUCCUUCUGGCAUUUAGCAUUUUUACACUGCUCUCUUUCUCAAAACUCUUUUUUUUUCUUGGAUGAUCUUAUGUCUUUAGGAUCCCCCUCCUUUCCCCUCUCCUCUCACUCCUCAUCUUCUUCUCUUUUUCUGUCUCAUUAUCAGUUUUAUACUAGCUUUCCAGUGGAUAUCCUAUUGUUCAGGUCAUAACACCCGUCAUGGAAAUAGGUAUUUGAGCUUAAUGAUGAAUAUGACAGCACUCUCUGAUGGCCAAGAAAGACUUUGGGGAUUUCCCAUGUAUAACCCAUUUACUAAAACAGCAUGAUAAGUUUUGUUAAACUGCUGGAACACAUUGAGUCUAAUGGUAGGAUGACGGUCGUAGGCGGGCCACCUAAAGACAUUGUGCUCGUUAUUCAAGUCUGAAACACUGUUCCCACAAAAUUAAGUUCCCAGAUAUGUGAUGCUUUUUACUAAUGAUUUGUAAGAAUAAUGGCAUGGGCCAAAAAAGGGAUGCUGGGGUAUAAGAUAAAACUUUGCCUUGGCUGCUCAGUUUUAGUUUGAAUUGUUUGAGUAUAAGUUUUAGAUGAGAUGAGAACAUGGUGUUGUUGGAUCUUGCAACAUUUGAGGUGUAGCCCAAGUCUGAAAUCGUUGCUGUGAUUUCCACCAUUCUAAGUAAAAAUGUAAGAAUUUAAGAAAGAAAGAAUGAGAGUUUCUGCUUUUACUGUGUAACAAAAGUUGCUUUUAAACUGUGACAGGCUUUAUUAAGUCUGUCUUGUCCUUCACCAGUCCAGAUCUUAUAGUGUAUCAUCUGUCUGUUUCUCUUUUCACCAUUCAGUCCUGCUCCUAAAGCAACUAAAACCUUAUGCAAUUUCUGAUUAUUGGU